UCAGGGUAACCGCGCCCUUGCUUUGGAAGAAAUUCUCUGCAGGGUUUGUGCCGGAUUUCCCGCGCAGCUGGCUGUGUGGCCCUUGAGUACGAGGGCCUGGUGGCCCUGUGAUGGAGGGCCAUCGACAGGCUUUGUGGCCUCGGCCUUUGUGACCAGCAGUUUCUCGUCUCAAACGGGGACCAUAAUAACAGUAACUUCCUGGACUAAGUGUAAAUGUAACUCCUGGAGGUAGUAAGCGCUCGCCAAGUGUUACCAUCACUCUCCUGAUUGAAAACGGCGGGACAGCAGGUUAGAGAAAUGCAGGCUCCUGGUUUGGUGUCCAGGGCCAGAGGCGGGAGCUCAGCAGGCUAGGAAGCCGCCCCCACCUGGCGUCCAUCCCAACCUGGGCUCGCGGGGAGGGGCGCGCGGCGGAGGCGGACACGUGGCCCUCGGGGACAAGGUCGCGAGCGGGCGGCGGAGCAGCUGGGACAUGGCACGGUGGGUUCGGCCUGCUCUUUGCGCCCUCAGGCUCUGGGGCCCGGCAGGGUGGAGGAGUCUCUAUACGGAAGUCAGAGAUGUCCCGGGGAAGGGUCAUCAAGGGCCUUCCCCUGGAAGAACAGACGCGGUGGCCGCCAGCCUUUGGGGUGUGAGAAAGGCGUCCUGUGCAGUGGGGCUGGCAGCCCUGAACUCUGGGUCUCCAAGGAGCGGCCUGUACAGCAACCUGCAGCGGUACGACCUCCCAUACCCUGAGGCCAUUUUCGAGCUCACUUUCUUCCAUCACAACCCCAAGCCCUUUUUCGCUCUGGCCAAGGAGCUGCACCCCGGGAGCUACAGGCCCAAUGUCAUACACUAUUUCCUCCGCCUGCUCCACGACAAGGGGCUGCUUCUGCGGCUCUACACACAGAACAUCGAUGGGCUCGAGAGAGCGGCUGGCAUCCCUGCCUCCAAGCUGGUUGAAGCUCACGGAUCCUUUGCCUCUGCCACGUGCACUGUCUGCCGAAGGCCCUUCCCAGGGAAGGACGUUUGGGAUGAAGUGAUGGUGGACAGGAUCCCCCGCUGUCCAGUCUGCACUGGCAUCGUGAAGCCCGACAUCGUGUUCUUUGGGGAGACACUGCCCCAGAGGUUCUUGCUACAUGUGGUUGAUUUCCCCAUGGCAGAUGUGCUGCUUAUCCUCGGGACCUCCCUGGAGGUAGAACCUUUUGCCAGCUUGUCUGAGGCCGUGCGGAGCUCGGUGCCCCGACUGCUCAUCAACCGGGACCUGGUGGGGCCCUUUGCUUGGCGUCCUCGCAGCAGGGACGUGGUCCAGCUGGGGGAUAUGGUUCACAGCGUGGAAAGGCUGGUGGAGCUUCUAGGCUGGACAGAAGAGUUGCGGGACCUCAUGCGGCAGGAAGCCGAGAAGCUCAAUGGACGGGACAGAUAGGGUGAUGGCUGGUCCCCCCACCACUCCCGGGACCAGAAAUGGUUCCAUGGAGUCACUGCCCACCGCCAAGGAAACAGUUUUGGCUGGACUGGAACCUGCGGCCUAAGGACGAAUGAGGCUGCCCAGGUCAUGAGCUCUGUGCCGACCAGUCAUGUUGUGCUCACACCACAGGCCACCCGUCACACUGGCACCUUUCUGCUGUUGGGACUCUUCAGUCUGCUGAAGCUGACUGCAAAAGCUUUGACAGCUUGAACUCAAACAGACCAACGGAAAGCCCCGACUGGAUCAGCCAUGUGUCCAGGUCUCCAUCUGAAGGGCUUGGCAUCUCGGUCUGUUAGAAGGACCCAGUCUCUGGCUGAGUGGCCUUAGUCACUCCCAAGGCAUGGUCCCGGGUCCCAAGUAAUAGAAUAGGGUCCUUUAGUAUGUUGGUCUCCUUAGUAAUGUUAUUUUGAAUUAAAGAAACUUUAUUCAUUUCUGGCAUGAAAUAAACUCUUUGGUCUCCUUAAGGGAA